GUGAUUGGCUGUGCGUAAAGGGGACAGGAAAUCCCGGUCUGGCUGCGUCUCGCCUCUUCCUCAGGAAAAGAGGGACCAGAUUUGGUUAAAACCGGUUGAGUGUGAGAUCUUCGAAGGCGUUUCAGGCUGUGUUGGAUUUGUGUGCAAGGUUUGCAGGUUCACGCUGUCGCACACGCUCACCGCUGCUGAGGAAACAAAGACGCGGUGUUUGAGUGAGUGAGUCGCGGUGUUGUUACAUUGCAGCAGUUGCUCGGUUGUUGUGUCACAGGCCGCGACUGUUGUGGAACAAAGUGGCCUCAGGGAGAAGAAGCGGUUCAACUGAUGGAGCUGCUGGGUUUCGUGUGCGUGUGCGUCCUCCUGUGCUCGGCCGUGGUUCACAGUAAGCCGACGCUGAGGAAAGAGAGAGUGAUCCAUGACACUGACCUGAACAUGCGAACGCCCGACGACAAUAAAAGCUUCCAGUACGAUCAUGAGGCCUUUCUGGGCAAAGAGGAGGCCAAGACGUUUGACCAGCUCACUCCUGAGGAGAGCAAGGAGAGACUCGGUAAAAUCGUUCAGCGGAUCGACACCAACGGCGACGGCUACAUCACCACAGCCGAACUCAAGGCUUGGAUCAAGCGCGUGCAGAAGCGCUACGUGUACGAGAACGUGGCGAAGGUGUGGACGGAUUACGACCUGAACAAAGACAACAGGAUUUCAUGGGACGAGUACAAGCAGGCCACAUACGGCUACUACCUCUCCAACCCGGAGGAGUUUGAGGAAGCAACGGAACAGUUCAGCUUCAAGAAGAUGCUUCCUCGAGACGAGAGGAGGUUCAGAACGGCCGAUCUGAACGGAGACCAGACAGCAGACCGAGAGGAGUUCACAGCAUUUCUCCACCCAGAGGAGUUUGAACACAUGAGGGAUAUUGUGAUUCUGGAGACCCUGGAGGACAUUGACAAGAACGGUGAUGGACAUGUGGACGAGGACGAGUACAUCGCGGACAUGUUCGCCCACGAGGACGGGGGUCCAGAGCCAGACUGGGUCAGGACCGAGAGGGAGCAGUUCUCCGAUUUCCGGGACUUGAACAAAGAUGGUAAAAUGGACGAGGACGAGAUCCGCCAGUGGAUUAUGCCCCAGGACUACGACCACGCGCAGGCUGAGGCCAGACAUCUGGUCUAUGAGUCUGACAAGGACAAGGAUCAAAUGCUGAGCAAAGAAGAGAUUAUUGAGAACUGGAACAUGUUUGUCGGAAGUCAAGCCACCAACUACGGAGAAGACCUCACCCGGAACCACGAUGAGCUCUGAGCUCUUGGUGAGUGUGUGUGUGUGUGUGUCCGUGUGUGGGCGAGAGGAGGAUCGAACAUCUUUGUCAACAUGGACAGAAAAGCAGACUCUUAUUCCUCCUCCUCCUCCUACCACCGCUCCAUCGUUUCCUUGUGAUAGUGGGACAGACGUCAGUGCCUCAGGACCUCAGACCAACAAGGUUGGUCCCGCCUCUUAAGAGUCCCAUCAUGGCGUUUACGUCGCCGGGCUGUGUUUCUGAUGCCCGGGAGUAAAGCCAGAUUCAGGUGGACUCUUUGUUUUCCAUCUUACCGGUGCCUUCCAGCCGCAUCGCCGGCAAUCCCCUGCCUCAGAGAUCCGUGUGUGGUCGUCCGUCUUUAAAACCUGUCAACAGCUGAAUGCUGGUCUUUUACAUGAGUCGUCAGAUACAGGAACAACAGUGUUAAUGUGAAACUGCAGCACAGAACAGAACAUUUAUGCCGUUUUUAUUUAUUGAUCAAAUAAUUCUGAACUUAAGGUCAGAGUGUGUUACGGGACUUGAGUAGGUUUGACACGUGAUGUGUCUUUGUUCACACUUGUUUUUGUGGCCACAUUAUGAAUACUUUUAGUUAAAUGCCAUCAAACUAAGUGAUAACAGCAUGGUUUUUGCACGUGUUUGGUUUUACUUUAGCCUGUGAAAGAUCGUUUUUCUUUGUACAUUGUUUGAAAUGUAUUUAUUGGUAUACCUAAGGCCAACAGUAUGUUAAUUUCUUUUUUUUUUACUCAUGUUACAUUAUUUUUGCAUCUGUUACUAAACUUCUGUUGUUUUUUUAAGGUCUAUACAGACUUAAAUACAUAAAAAAAAAACACCUUCACACAUGUUGUUGUUGCAUCACUCCAAGCACAUCUUCUCUGUCGGAUAAACUCAAUGUGUUUUUUUUCAUGUUUUGUAUUGUUAAAUUGAUAAUGUGAAAUUUUAACAAAGCUUUUUUUUGUAUUGACACAAAGUACAGAUCACUGACUUGGCUCAAACACAAACAUUUCUUACUGUGUCAAAAAUAAAAUAAAUGAAAUGUG